AUGGGCGGCAACCGCACCGGGGAGGGCUGCCGCGUGGACGCGCGCGUGGACCACCUGCUGCCGCCGUCGCUGUACGCGCUGGUGAUCGGCGUGGGGCUCCCCACCAACUGCCUGGCGCUGUGGGCGGCGGCGCAGCAGGUGCGGCAGCGCAACGAGCUGGGCGUGUACCUGCUCAACCUGAGCGUGGCCGACCUGCUGUACAUCGGCUCGCUGCCGCUGUGGGCCGACUACUUCCUGCACCACGACAACUGGAUCCACGGGCCCGGCUCGUGCAAGCUCUUUGGCUUCGUCUUCUACACCAACAUCUACAUCAGCAUGGCGUUCCUGUGCUGCAUCUCCGUGGACCGCUACCUGGCCGUGGCGCACCCGCUGCGCUUCGCGCGCCUGCGCCGCGUCAAGACCGCCGUGGCCGUCAGCUCCGUGGUCUGGGCCACCGAGCUGGGCGCCAACUCCGCGCCGCUCUUCCACGACGAGCUCUUCCGCGACCGCUACAACCACACCUUCUGCUUCGAGAAGUUCCCCAUGGAGGCCUGGGUGGCCUGGAUGAACCUCUACCGCGUGUUCGUGGGCUUCCUGGCGCCCUGGGCGCUCAUGCUGCUGUGCUACCGCGGCAUCCUGCGCGCCGUGCGGGCCAGCGUGUCCACCGAGCGCCGCGAGAAGGCGCGCAUCCGCCGCCUGGCGCUCGGCCUGCUGGCCAUCGCGCUGCUCUGCUUCGCGCCCUACCACGCGCUGCUGCUGUCCCGCAGCGCCGCGCGCCUCGGCCGCCCCGGCGACUGCCGCCUGGAGGAGCGCGUCUUCGCCGCCUACCACGGCUCGCUCGCCGUCACCAGCCUCAACUGCGUGGCCGACCCCAUCCUCUACUGCCUGGUGCACGACGGCGCCCGCGGGGACGUCGCCCGGGCCCUGCACCACCUGCUGCGCCUCCUGGCCGGCCACCCGCCCCGGGAGGUGACCGCCGCCGCCACCGCCCUGGAGGCGCUGCCGCUGCCGCCGCCGCCGCCGCCGCCGCCGCCGCCGGCCGUCUGCAAAGGCGCCAAGGCCGCGGGGGGCCUGGAAACCCCCGACGCCGCGGGGGAGCAGGUACAGGCCUGGGCGCUGCUGCCGCCCACCCAGUGA